AUGAACAUCAGCAACAUCAACAACUUGCCAAUUCACGCUCCUAUUCCCGUUCAAUCCUCCUUCUUAACCAAUAAACACUUUAAAUGCAAUCCAUCCUCACAAAUCUCCUCUACUUCUGCCAACAUUCAAAAUCAACAACAACAACAACAACAACAACAACAACAACAGCAACAAUCAUACUCCCUACAAGGUAUCUCAACCUUUGUCCCCAAAAUCGCCACUUCAACCAGAUUAAGAAACAUCGACGACGAUGAAACUGAAGUCUGGGGCCCAGAUGUAGAAUCCGCCUUUGAAGAAGCCCUCAAAAUCAUCCCCAAAAAUGGCCUCAGCAAAAUCAAAGUCAGCGGAAGAUCUUGUGGUAGAAACGAAUUGAUCUCAGACUACAUUCUCCAAAAAACAAGAAAAAUUAGAACAAGAAAACAAGUCUCUUCCCACAUUCAAGUCAUUAAAAAUUUGAAAAAAAACUCAAAACUAAUUGAUCUCAUCAACAACGGUCCCCAAGACCCAGAAUCCCUCAAAAAAUUUGAAGAAGUCUUUUCCGAAAUAACAUUUCAAAAAUCCAUAGGUGAAAACAGAAUGAUCCAAAACCAAUCCUCAAUUCACUACAGAAAAUCUCCAAGAAGAAGAAUCUCAGGUAACAACUCAAAGGACGUCUGUGAAGUCCUACUAAAAGACUUCAGAAUGAACUUUCUCCAAUUCGACGAACCCUCUCAAUCUCACACCUACUCAAACCUCAAAUCUAAAGAAUUCGACACUCCCCUAAAAAUUAAAUCAAACGCAAACAUCUCCUCAAGAUUCCCAGGUUUAUUCGACCUAACAAACAAUAAUGUCCCAGUUAUACAUGGUAUGGUUAAAGUCGUUUUGCCAAAAAACAAAGACACCACUUCCACCAUCUCCACUACUUCUACUACUUCCACUACCUCAAAUAACAACAAUAACGUCAAUUCAAAUAGCUCCUCCGAAAAUAACAGCACUGACUCCAACAAUAACGCUGUUGAAGAUUUCUUGUCCGGCGGUAAAUACGAAACUAACCUCAGUCUUGAAUUAAAAGGCCUCUCUGUCAACGAAACAAACUGGUCUGUUUUAACUGUCAUCUACUCCUUUGGCCACGAAGUCGUAAGACUAACUGACGCUGUUGAAGUCAAAAACAGCAAACUCGUUAAUGGCGUUAAAAAUGCUGUCUUGGGUCUCAAAUUUGCUCCAGAAUUUUGGUCUGCCUUCUUCGGUAGCGUUGACAAAAACAACGUCCAAUCUGUUGACGAAGACGCUUUGGAUAAACAAAAAGACGUUGCAACUAGAGCCAUCACCAUAAAACAAAUUCUUUUCAAAAAUGACCUAGAAUUUCCAAAUGGAAGCAACAUUUUAAGAAAAAAUAUUAGAACCGUCCUAUUAUGGGAAUUCUCAAGAGUCACCAAUUCAGACGACGCUUUAACCGUUAUAAGAAGAAUCCACUUGCCAAAUCACCAUCUCGGUAACCCAGUCAUGAACUCAGGUUUACCUUCUUUCCAACCAGAU